CUAGCUCAGCAGGGAGGGAGUGUGCGUGUGGAGGAUCAAGAACCCCAGUCACCAAACACAUGGCCCUCCUUUCCCAGAGUAUGCAUGGUGCUGGCAUAAAACUGACUGUCAAGUCUCUACCCACUCUAUUCGCCCCCAGUUCCUCAUGCAAGGAGUCUGUGUCCUGGAUCCCCAGGUUUUCAUGCGGUAGGAGUGGUUGGGGGGACCACAAGGUCCCAACACCCCUCCCACUCUGUGGGGCAACUUGCUGAUGGCCCAAGGAGCAGGGUAGAGGCUCAGCUCGUUCUCAAACCUGCGCGCGAACUUCUCGGUCAGGCAGGGUGACUUCACGCUCCGUGCCCCUAAAAAGGGCGGACAAACAUCUCUCAUUUAGAAUCGAAACAUGCUGAGCUGUCCUCUCUCCAUCUCGUCCACAUUCCUAACUCCCCCCAUCCCCCUCCCCCCAGCUCCGGAGCAGACGGCAGGGGCCUGCCUGGGCCGGGGUUGCCUGAACAACCCAGGUGCCCUCGAAGGAGGGUGAGAAGAACCGAAGUGGAGGUUGCGCAAAGGUCCUGGUCAGCUUUGGUCGCCUAAUGUCCAAAAACUGCCUGGGACUCCCUUCUCUCCUUCCCCUUGCUUUGCCCCGGAUUCCUCAGCAGCGGCGAGCACUGAAUCGCCACUCGGCCCGACCAAUUCCAGAUCUCAGGUCAGGGAGACGCCAGGAAUGGAAGUGCCUGGUGAUUUGGGCAACCAGCUGGAGGCAAAGCUGGACAAGCCAAAGGUCGUGCACUACCUCUGCUCCAAGAAAACAGACAGCUACUUCACACUCUGGCUGAACCUUGAACUGCUGCUGCCUGUCAUCAUUGACUGCUGGAUCGACAAUAUCAGGCUGGUGUACAAUAGAACGUCCCGGACCACCCAGUUUCCUGAUGGUGUGGAUAUGCAUGUCCCUGGCUUUGGGAAGACCUUUGCACUGGAGUUUCUGGACCCCAGCAAAAGCAGUGUGGGUUCCUAUUUCCACACUAUGGUGGAGAGCCUUGUGGGCUGGGGCUACACACGGGGUAAGGAUGUCCGGGGGGCCCCCUAUGACUGGCGCCGAGCCCCAAAUGAAAACGGGCCCUACUUCCUGGCCCUCCGGGAGAUGAUCGAGGAGAUGCAUCAGCUGUAUGGGGGCCCCGUGGUGCUGGUUGCCCACAGUAUGGGCAACAUGUACACGCUCUACUUUCUGCAGCGGCAGCCACAGGCCUGGAAGGACAAGUACAUCCGUGCCUUCUUGGCACUGGGUGCGCCUUGGGGGGGCGUGGCCAAGACCCUACGCGUUCUGGCCUCAGGAGACAACAAUCGGAUCCCGGUCAUUAGUCCCCUGAAGAUCCGGGAGCAGCAGCGAUCUGCUGUCUCUACCAGCUGGCUCCUGCCCUAUAACUAUACCUGGUCACCUGAGAAGGUCUUCGUGCGCACACCCACGGCCAACUACACGCUGCGCGACUAUCACCGGUUCUUCCAGGACAUUGGCUUUGAAGAUGGCUGGCUCAUGCGGCAGGACACGGAAGGGCUGGUAGAUGUCACAAUGCCACCUGGCGUACAGCUGCACUGCCUCUAUGGCACUGAUGUCCCCACGCCGGACUCCUUCUACUAUGAGAGCUUCCCGGACCGCGACCCUAAAAUCUACUUUGGCGAUGGUGAUGGCACUGUGAACUUGCAGAGUGCCCUGCAUUGCCAGACCUGGCGCAACCACCAGGCACACCAAGUAUCAUUGCAGGCGCUGCCAGGCAGUGAGCAUAUUGAAAUGCUGGCCAAUGCCACCACUCUGGCCUAUCUGAAACGCAUGCUCUUUGGGCCCUGAUUCCUGUCCCAGCCAGGGCUGCGCGAUGGCUCGGCUACAGCUGCUUCUCUUGGACUCUGGGGCUGCGAUGGCCCAUGAGUUUAGCAGUUUGUGACUGACCAUCCAAGGUCCUGAGUCUUUGGUUGUGAAACAUCUUCCAUAUGAAGUGCUGUUUCUUAUCCUUUCUCUGGGAGGGAGGAAGGAAGAAAUAGUCUAGACUCACUUGAGGGACCCUUAAUGGAAAGAAUGCUGCUGCUGAUGGAAUUGUGACCUCAGGACUGGCUCUGCAGGUGGAUUGGCUGGCACCUGGAUCCAAUCCCCAACUCAGGGGCCAUGUGUUCCUCCUAUGCCUGUGGCCUUUUCACAUUUACCCACCAGGCCUGGCCCCUCAGCCUUCCUGUAAGUGAUAUGACUAAGCUGUGGUUCCUACCCCCACAGGCCCCAGGAAUGGGCUCCUGGUCCCUAGGGUGACCCUUCCCACACACUGGCCACAGGUGAGCCUACUACUGGCCAUGGGUGGCUGGAGCUGCUGGCUUCCUUGUAGCAUAGCUGCUUGACAGUCUGACUGGCUUUCUGAGGGCAGUCCAGUUUCCCCUGCAGGCAGGGGCAGAUUGUUGUGUUCUCUGUGGUUCUCAGGCUCUGGGGCAUUCACUCUUACCUCCCUCACCUCUAAAAACAGCCUAGCUCAGGAUUGGGCAGCAGAUGGCCCCUUAGUUCUGCAGCCAUGGCCCAGGAGCUCUGAUCCCCUUGGUCGGGCUGUUUCCCACAGUACUGAUGUUAGCUUCCUUUACCUUGGGACUAUGGUUCAAGGAUAAGAGCAGGGCCCAGUGCCAUGGCCUUUUAGGUCCUCAUGAAGAAAGAAAACUUAAGGACACAGACAAGAUGAUUCGGAGUUUCUCUGAACUGCCCUCUUGCUAACUCUACCACCAUACUGCCACCCUUCCCCACGGUUUCUCUAGUACCCAAGUGGGCUGGCACAGAGUCGAAAGGAGACAGGGCUUCUGCCCAUCCUGCCCAGCACAUACCUCCACCAGGCAGCUCAGUGGUGUUUAGUCUGCAGGGACAGCUCAGAACAUACUUUGGGACCCUGUGAGACCCAGGUGCCUUGGAGCCCCCUUGGGGGUUUCUGUCUGCCUCAGAGGUGCUGCAUGAGUCUCCUUGUGAUAGCAGGGCUGGAGAAUCUGGAUUUACCUUGGUGGCAGUGGUCUCCAAGUAGGCGACAGCUAUAAGCCAAGACUUGGGUCUAGCCUCUAGGGUGAGGCCCCAAAGCCACAGUCAGACUAGACUGUGCUGUUCUCCCACAAGAUUUCUGUGGAGCCGGAUUUUCUCUGUUGUGUACAUACCCAGCAUCUGUCUCUCCCUUUGUUUCUGAGUGGUGGGCCUCACCUGCAUGGGGCUCUGAGCAGGCUGUACCUCGAUUCUGGCAAUAAAAGUAUUCUGGAUACUGUAAAGUA